AUGGUUUUCGAGGAUAAUGGAAAAGUUAUCGAUUACCUCCUCUUCUUUGUCGGCGAGCUUAUGCUGAUGAUUUCGCUCUGUGGCAUCGUGCCAUUCAUUGUUGUGAAGUUCAUCGUGGGAGCCCCAUGUGUGAUGAUGUUGCUAAUACGCAAAUGGAGGAGAAGGCACUUAGCAAUGGAUCAAAAUGUUGAAGAAUUUUUGCAGUCCAACAAUAACUUCUUGCCAAUACGGUACUCUUACUCAUACAUCAAGAAAAUCACGGGCAAUCUCAAGGACAAGCUAGGCGAGGGAGGAUACGGUUCCGUUUUCAAAGGAAGACUCCGGAGCGGCCGCGAGGUGGCUGUGAAGAUUCUGAAGAAGGGGAAAGCGAACGGGCGGGACUUCAUCGGCGAAGUGGCUACCAUCGGAAGAAUUCACCAUGUUAAUGUGGUUGGACUUAUUGGGUUUUGCUUCGAGGGCUCGAAACAAGCUCUUGUUUACGAUUUCAUGCACAAUGGGUCUUUGGAUAAGCGCAUUUUUUCACGAGGACAAGUGACUACCCUUGAUUGCAACGAAGUGUACAGGAUUGCUCUUGAAGUGGCUAGAGGGAUUGAGUAUCUUCAUCGAGGAUGCGACAUGCAAAUUCUACACUUUGAUAUUAAGCCUCACAACAUUCUUCUCGAUAGGGAUUUCAACCCAAAAAUUUCUGACUUUGGGCUUGCCAAACUGUAUCCCACGAACCACAACACCGUAUCUAUGACUGCCGCAAGAGGAACUUUCGGAUACAUGGCUCCAGAGCUGGUCUACGGGAAUCUCGGGGGCAUCUCCUACAAAGCCGAUGUUUACGGUUUCGGCAAAUUGUUAAUGGAAAUGGCCAGUGGAAGGAAGAAUCUGGAUGCAGAAGCAGAGUAUUCGAGCCGGAUUUACUUUCCUUUAUGGGUUCAUGACCGAAUCAGUGAAGGAUUGGACGUUCCGGGGGAGCAAGUUAGCCAGGAGGAUGGGAGUCUUGUAAAGAAGAUGAUAAUAAUUGCUCUUUGGUGCAUUCAAUUGAAUCCGAGCAAUCGUCCUUCGAUGUAUAAAGUCCUGGAAAUGCUGGAAGGAGAAGUAGAUGACCUACGAAUGCCUCCGAAGCCACUCUUUUGUCCAGCAGAAUAAUCAACAAGGGAGGAUGGAACUUGGACUGACAAUGCCCAAGUGACUAGUUCCACUUCAACAGCUAGUGCAAUAACUUAAGAAGAUUCUCAUCCUUUGCAUUCCAGUACUAACAUUACACAAGCAUAGACACGUAUUGAAUGAUGUUUUAUGCGUACCUCCCCCUUUCAUUACCA